AGUCUUGCUUUUUAUCUUGAUUAUUUGUAUGAAAUUAUAACGUUUGACAUUGAAAUGGGCCAAAUGGUCAACGAAUCUCUUUCAAUUAAUUUGAGCCCAUUACAUGCCAAAAUUGUUUUUGGACUUCCGGAUGCGGGCCACCCGGCCCACAAUCCAUAAGGCGGCUAGUCGCCCAACACCACACGCUGCCUUGUCUGGUCAUCCUGUGAGCUCUGAGAAACCAGUCCCGCCACUUGUAGCCGUUGGCAGCCAAACGCUCCGCCACCGCCACACAGAGCUCCCAGAAAUGUUAUUUUCUUGCGCUCCGUUUGGAAUCUCCAACCCCAUCGUCUUCCUCACCUUCACCAAUCUCGGCCACCGCGCCAGUAAUUUACUCAAAACCAAACGCGCCGCCUCAAUCUCCUCCCUAAAUUACCAGUCCGCCACAGCAUCGCAGGCGCACCAUGACAGCCUUAGGGUUUUGGAAUGGGACAAGCUCUGCGACUCCGUCGCCUCCUUCGCGCGUACUUCGUUAGGCCGCGAAGCCACCAAGGCACAGCUUUGGUCUUUGAGUCAGACGUACGAAGAAAGCCUCAGGCUUUUGGACGAAACCAACGCCGCCGUCGAAAUGCGCAAGCACGGCGGUUGCUCUUUGGAUUUCACCGGCGUCAAUGUCGUUUUGGUGCAAUCUGCCAUACAACAUGUUCGGAGGAGUUCGCCACUGGACGGGGACGAAGCGCUAGCUGUGGUGGCGAUGCUGCAGUACGCGGAGAAUUUGCAGAGUAAUCUGAAAGCUGCUAUCAAGGAAGAUGCAGACUGGUACACACGUUUUAUGCCGCUUUCGGAAGUGAUAAUGGAAUUCGAAGUUAAUCGGUCACUAGUUAAGCUGAUACAGCAAGUUAUAGAUGAAGAUGGCAGCGUUAAAGACUCUGCGAGUCCUAAUCUGAAACGAUUACGCAGUCAAGUUCGGACGCUUGAGGGAAAGAUUAAUCAGUUAAUGGACAGCCUAAUUAGGAAUGACAAGAGUGAAACGCCGUCCCUGGAAGUGAGUAAUGUUGAUGGCAGGUGGUGCAUUAAAUCAACUGCUAACGAACUGAAAAUUUUUAAGGGUCUGCUGUUGCCCAGUCGUUCAGGCAUAGGAAGCAUUGUCGAGCCAUUAUCUGCUAUCCCUCUAAAUGAUGAAUUGCAACGAACAAGGGUACUAGUUUCAGAAGCUGAGGCAGAAGUUCUCUCAAUGUUAACAGAAAAGAUGCAAAUGGAUCUUGAUAACAUUGAACAACUAUCCAACAGAAUAAUCCAAUUGGAUGUGGUCCAUGCCCGAGCAACUUAUGGUCUAUCAUUUGGGGGAACAUAUCCAAAAAUAUUUCUACCAGGAGGGCAUGGCCCUUCCACUUUGACCAACUUAUCGGGGAACAAACAUCAACAAGUAUCUGAUCCCUCAAAGAGUGAAUGGGUGUUGUAUCUGCCGAAAGCUUAUCAUCCUCUAUUACUUCACCAACAUAGAGAAAAUUUACAGAAGGCUAGGAAGGAGUUAAAGAAUGCCACUAUGGAAAUCAAAAGAAAAGUACAAGGAGAAAAUGUUGCACAGAAAGCGGGAAAAGAUACCAAUAUUUCAUCCUUAGAAUUUAAGGCUAAAGAACUGGAACAAGCUCGACCAAUUCCAGUUGAUUUUUUCAUAGCUAAAAAAACACGAGUUUUGGUUAUCACUGGCCCUAAUACAGGGGGUAAAACCAUUUGCCUAAAGACUGUAGGAUUGGCAGCCAUGAUGGCAAAAUCAGGUCUUUAUGUUUUAUGUUCCGAAUCAGUACAAAUCCCUUGGUUUGAUUCAGUUUUUGCUGACAUUGGUGAUGAACAAUCCCUGACCCAAUCGCUUUCCACCUUUUCCAGCCACUUAAAACAUAUAAGCGACAUCCAAUCACAGUCAACAAGUCGUUCACUUGUGCUACUAGAUGAGGUUGGUGCAGGAACAAAUCCUCUCGAAGGAGCAGCACUGGGGAUGUCUCUCCUGGAGUCUUUUGCCGAAACUGGUGCUUUGUUGACAAUUGCUACAACACAUCAUGGUGAACUCAAAACCCUGAAAUACAGCAACGAGGCCUUUGAAAAUGCAUGUAUGGAGUUUGAUGAAGUGAAGUUAAAGCCAACUUACAGGAUUCUCUGGGGAGUACCAGGCCGUUCAAAUGCAAUCAAUAUAGCUGAAAGGUUAGGACUACCCGGUAAAGUUGUAGAUAAUGCCCGUGAACUAUAUGGUGCAGCUAGUGCAGGAAUAGAUGAGGUGAUAAUUGACAUGGAACGGUUAAAGCAGGAUUUUCAAGAGCUUUUACAUGAAGGACAACAUCAUCUGAUGUUACAGACAGUGAAUCAGUUCAUUUUUGUACUCGUAGGCUCUCAAGAGAGUCGUAUGAGAAACUGUUGGUUGCCAAAAGGAAGAUUAUGGAACAUAGUAGUGAUCAAAGAUAUAGGAAGAUACGAGAAAUAUCUGAGGCUGCUGCAAUGGCCCGUUCUAUCCUUCACAAAAAAGUACGAACACGCCGUGCAUCUGCAAUUCAAUCUCUGCAACCUACUUUAACGCAUACAAGCCAGCAUAAAUUGGAAACUAACAGUCAACGCACAAGAAUAGAUGAUGGACAUUCAACGGAAAAUAGGAGUGCAUCCUCUUUAUCGCCAUCAGUUAAAUUUGAGCUUCCCAAGGUUGGCAAUAUGGUGUUUGUUUCUUCCCUUGGAAAGAAAGCUGCAGUUUUGAGAGUGGAUCCAUCUAAAGAGGAAAUAGUGGUUCAAGCCGGAAACAUGAAGCUGAAAUUGAAACUCGACGACAUUAAGGCGUGACUGACAAGAAUACAUGCAUGUGAAUGCCAUCUACGACGUGAACAGAAAGAACUUUUGGUCGCACAAUUGCACAUUAACGAAUCCGACAAUCAAACUUAAUAGUAAGCUGGUAGGUAUAGCUCAAGCUUGAACCAAGCAUGCCAAUUAAAAUGCUUACAUCUUGAAGAUACCCGACACAUUGACGGUGGGAGAUGCAUAAUACACUUUAUGAGGGUUUCAACCUUCAACCAAUGAAAGAGACUGUAAAGAAACAUCCUCAGUAAUAUGAGAUGUAACUGCCUCGGUUGCUUAUCUUUGUAAGUACAUGAUUCUAUAUAUCUUGGAACUCAAUUCGAUGAAACAUGGUCCAAGUUUUGAUUGUCGUGAUCAAAUGGAUCUUGGAUUCGAUGUGAAUCUGAAAGAUCUCUUUUGUGAGGUAUCUGUGUAACAAACUUUUGCAUCCCCAGCUAGCUUGUUGGGUAAGUAAAAAUAAAAGAGAAAUGCUAAGAACACUCUCAAAAGUGAGACUCUC